AAGUCUGGUAAGAGACUUCCCUCCCAGCAGGGCUGUAAUGAGGCAGGGGCAGUGCUGCUUUUUCUCUCCCCAUUUUCCCUUUCCCUAACCUUUUCCAUUUCCUGCCAAUAGCCACUCAUCAAACUAAACAAUUAGUUAUGGAUUCUGGUUAUUUAACUUAUUUUGAUAUGUUUCCAGGCUGUUAAAACAGAAUCUAAUGGUGAGUAAAUGAAUAUAUUCGGGCUGAAUCUCAUUUCCUUGUGUUAGCUCCACCCCUAUCUCUUGGCUCUUUAUUGGAAGUCAUGUUCCUUCAGGAAAUCAUAUCUUUAUAUAAAAARKUGCAAAAUCAACAUAUUAGGUGGAGUAAAUUGUGUAUCUUGGAGUCUUGUUCAUGAAUGAUGGUGGGAUAGCAGUAGAUGAACCCACUGAUCAGGGCUUCAUCUGCAGGAAUGGCUGUGGUCUUGGUGAAGAAAAAGCUGAGCCAAAAGGCAAAUCUCUUCAUUUAAUGGUCUGAUUAUGCUCCAACCCUCACUUGUACUCAUUUGAAAUGAAUUGUGAACAACAAAAUCACAAAUAAAUAAAUAAAUAAAUAAAUAAAAAUUAAAAAAAGAGCUCCCCCAUACAAGUGAAUGAGAUGAGUUAGCUUUUGUAGCGUAGCUUUAAAGAUAGGGUAAGGAGAUUAGAUUAGAGCUGCUGUUCUUGAGCUGAGGUUGCUCAGGACUCUGGUUAGAAAGCCUCCCGGCUGCCUCUCCUUGAAGGUAUUUUGAGCAUGUCUACCUGGAAAUAGAUCUUGAUAGACUCAGAACCUCCUGGAGGGACUCAUUUUUGGGAUUGUUAAGGCCCCAACAUACUCCMUCCGACGCUUCAAAGUCGACUUUCAUUAAGUGACGAAAAUUGUCCCACCCCUUCUCCAACACCUUGGCCAAACCUUUUCUCACAGGGCUCCGCGCGAAGUGUUGUGUGAUUGAGGGAUUUGUGGGCGUGYUUGUUAAUGUGGAAGUGCGCUUGAACAGCAAUGUUGUCAUUUCGCUUCAACUACUCUGCUUCCAUAAUCCGGCUAUGUACAGGCGAGCAGGAUGGAUAGUUUUAAGAGCAGUUGGCAGAGGCAGUGAAAGUACAUUCUUUUGUACGAUUCUUCAAAAAAUAAAUUUAAAGAUAGUGAAAUAAGUGAACUCUUGGAUGGGGAUCGUGAAAUAAGUGAACUCUUGGAUGGGGAUCGCACAAUCAUUGUCCACGUAGGAGUCGUUCUGCCUGAAAAAUUUGGCGUUCUUGCGUCGAUCGAUUUGGAAUGGACAAAUGGAAGAUGCAGGGACAGAGUGGGGUCCUUGGCGGGAAGAAACUUGUCCCCUCGCUGUACACAUGAUGUAUACUGCAGCUGGAGGGGAUUUACCAUGUGGUCUGCACAGUGCUUCUUGCUGACUGUGAAAUGUGUGUAUGAAAACGAACAUCCCUCAACUAUAAUACCACACAUAAACUGUUUGGCUUCAGAGUAUGUUGGGGUCAUUAGGGGGAAAAGGAUGUCUGGGCUUCUCUUUUUAAACCAUGACUCUUCUGGUUGGGCUAAGGGGUAGGGGAAAGGGGGAAAUGGGAUUUGCCUGUUUAGCCUCUUGUGUUUGUUUGAGUACCCAUUAUACACAGUAACUGUCAUAGUGUUGAAGUAUAAAAGCUACAUUAUCAAAAGCAGCAACAGUAACAACCCAACCAAUAUUGGCACACACUGGAGGGCACAAAUGAUUGCUAAAGAUUACUCAGAAUUUGUUUGGGAAAUGUUAGCCUAAGAAAAACCAAACACACACAAAAGCACCAUGUAAAAUUCCUUUAGGCCUGUAGCACAUUAACAAAACGGCCCCCUUAAGCAUACUUCUGCUGCGUCCCCUCAUACCCUGUUGGCUUGUAAUGAAACAUGUUCAGGACGCCCCCUCACUCCCUACAGCCCUGCUGCCCCACACUARCUCCUGACCUCUAACCUUGCACCUCUUUCCCAUGGUGGGACCAUGGAGACGGGCAACCCUCAAAAGUUCUCCUCUCCAAUGCUGAUCUGCAUACUUUAACCAACCUUCUCUACAUCCUGUGCAUCUGCUUGUUCUUUUUGCUUGUGUCACUUUUCUCUGCCGGUUGUUCCGUGGCUUUUGUUGUGGAGGGUUGACCGUUAGCACCAGGUUGCAGUGUUGGUGCCAGUAUUCACCUGUUUCUAACAUCCAUCUGUGGCUCCUCUUCUUCAAUUUUCUCCAUCAGUAAAACAAUCUAAUGUGUGCUGCACUAACAUUUAAUCACUUGAACUGCAUCUACUCUCUAUCAUUUGGGGAGACAAGAUAACAGUGUAUUUUUUUUCUUACUGCAAUAAAAGUUUUUUUUUCACUCACCUACCACUUGAAUCCAAUAAAGCAAGGUCACAACUACCUUCCUCUGGGCACUGAGAGGACUCUAAGCUUAGACUUCCUGCUACCAGGCAUGUUACUGAUAAAAUGUCUAAUAACUGGUCAUUUUUACUAGACCCAGGUGAUCAGGAGUGUAGAAAACGAAAACAGCAGAGUGCCAGUGGCUGACAAAUUGUCCUCGAUUAUAGCCAGCCUAAAACCUUUAAUAUAUAUAUUUUUUUAUCCUGAGUUGUUUGCUCUUUAAAAAGCCUUCAAGAUUGUCAUUUCUUUUGCAAAAAUAUGCUUGUCAGCAGCUCCGGCUUUCACGCCAAAAACAAMAAAGAUGAGUUUCUCACAAAACAAAUGGCAGAAAUGAUUCAAUUUAUCACUUGUGUGUGUGUGUGUGGGCACAUUCGGUUAAAACAACACUACAUUCAGAAGGCAUUUCUCAUGAGGAGAGGCUGCUGGGACGACCUGUCGUCUUCAACCAAUAAGAUGUUGCCAUUAGCCAAGAAAUCGUUUCCUUUUUGAGAUUCUCUUGAGGAUYGGCAGCUUUUAGGUCCCUGUGAUGACACCAGGCCUCAUUUAGUCAAUGUCCAGGUUAAAGAAACUUCUGCUUUUUGAAGCUCAUUUGAAAACUAUUCAACAGGAAACCACAUAGUCCUMGAAAAUGGUUUGGAUCAGUCAAUAAACAUGAGACAGUUUUUAAUUUUAUGUGGUUGAAAUAUUUAAAAUGUGACUGUUUUUGAUUCUCUUCUACAUAAGCUGUUUAUCCUGAUAUCCUAAUAAUUACCGUAGUGGUGUCCCGAUACAGAUACCAACAUUUCUAAAAGCACUCAAACUCAUUCAAAAUGCCCAAUACAUUUUUUUUUUCAAAUUUGCGUGGAUGUUCACAUUAUACAUGUGGCCUCCAUAAGACUUCAGUGUGAAUUUUUUAUGCUGCUGAUGUGACCCACAAAUGCAGAUGAUGAUGUGAUGUCACAUUCAGUACUCUUUUUACAGAGUAAACUGGUCUCUAUGUGGAUKCUACAUGUUAGCAUGUCACUUCUGACGUUGUUCAAUCAGAGCUGGUUAAAUAMUUAUCUGACAUGAUUGUUUAAAUCRUUGUUWAYAUUUUAACCGUCCUCUGGUUGGCUGGUCCGAYGCAGCAUGUUUUUAUGGAACGAAGCAACUAUUAUGUUUCUGUGGUUCUCAGUCAUCCAGGACAUGGAACAUUGACAUAAAAUAAAAGGAAAAAAAGACAAAACAACUGGACUUCAGUUAUGUAGCUGAAGACAUUAUGAGUUAUGAGUUACAAAAUGUAAACUGCACGACUCCAGGUUAGUAUUAUUUUUAAUAUUUGCAUGGAUCUGUAUACCUCCCACUGAUAUAAAUAUCAGCUGAAAUGUGACGUAAGCAUUCAGACUGCAGUUGCUUUCAAGUACAUCAGAUAUUUGUCCAAUUUAGUAGGUCCUACAUUAAAAAAUCGGCUUUUAUAAUCAUGUAAUGUUUAAUUUCUAACUCAGUAAAUACUUGAUAUCAGUUCUUGAUAUCGGCAAUUACUCAAACUGAAGUAUUCGUGUUCAGUUUGAGACAAACUGGUAUCGGGACACCUCUGCUAAUCAUCUAAACAUUUCUUAAAUGUUUCUACUUAAAAAAAAAAGAACUAUAUUCACCUUGUGCCUGGCUUGUAACUGAGGCUCGUGUGUCCUGCAGGAUUGAUGACAUAUCUACAUGCAGCGUCGUGUCAAUUGGUCAAAGUUAAAUGUGAAAGGUGACCCUGGUGUGAGUUUAGCGCCUCCUGAUCGUCCUUCCCAGAAUGCAAAGUCUGAGGGAGCUUCGUGUUUUCUGUCUCCAGCAGCGGGGUGGGGGGUGGAAGGGGGGAGCCAUGCAUAUUAAUGAGAUGUAGUCAUGUCACCAGAGGGCACUAAUGUUCUUUUAAUUUUGAUCAUCGCCGCACCCGUUUUUUUUAAGAUUAAAUUUGAGUUGACAACUGCUCCUUUUUUUUAAACGGGAGCACUGAUUAAUUUCAGUACCUUGUGCCUGUYCUAGAAAGAAAAGCUGUGUGAUUAGAUUGCCUGCGUGAUACUUUUUCUGCUUGUGCUGUGAUACAUUUGUCUUCUUGAAGGCUGUUAUGGACUCUAAGUGGUGCCGAAAUGACAUGAAAAUACCUCAAAAGUGACGUUUUGCAGAGUAAGUCGCAAAACGUAAAUUGCGAUAGGUGUUCCAAAAAGGCACGUGCACAUUUUGUCAGCCRACUUCUUUUAACGAUGGCAUAAGAAAAGCACUCCUGUUGCUUUAAGCUGCAGCAACUUUUUGUCUUGUCGUUUGGAGAAGACCGUCUUAAAGUGUAGGAAAUGAUUAGGAGAAGAGUUUUCUUGACUAAGGUCUGCUCCAGAAUUAAGUCCUCCAGGCCCAAAGAAGUACCUUCUUGCUGGUUUUCCACCCUCCACAGGCUCCUUUUCCCCCUUCCUACCGCCUCGCCUCACCUUCCCUCACCUCCCCCCUCCCCACACACCUCUUCUUUCUCCCCUCUGGACUCCAGACCACUUUCAUCCUCCUGCCUCUCAUUUGGCCUGGAAAUCUAGGCCUGCCCCUUCACACAGUCCACCGAUCGGCUUCACCUCUUUAACCGUGUGGUUGCUCAAUCUGUUUUCCUGUGUGAGUGUGUUUGGGUGUGUUGUUCUCACACUCUCUGGUUUGUUUUUCUCCCUCCUCUGUACCCUGCUGUCUGCUUUGGGGAUGUCUUUCCCCUUCAGUGGGGCAGUGUCAGUGGGGCAGAAGGGGGCCGCAACCGGGCAGGGGGAUGCUGGGGGGGUUCCUUAUCGCAGUGACAGCGUGAAGAGCAUGGUGGCGGAGGGAGUGAAGGUCGGGAGGUGGCAGAGCGUCCAUGGCAACAUGCCGUCCGGAGCGCCGAGACCAACCAACUUCGGGGACCCGGCGUUGUCCUACGCCUCCGUUCUGGAGCACAUCCCCUCCGGACCGGGCCGGCCUCGGACGCUGCUGCGCCAGCAGAGCCUCCAGCAGCCUCUCGUCCACCCAUCGGGCGYGGUUCACGGCCACCAUCCGCCCACCACGUCCCAGAGUCUGGGGCAGCUGCACACUGCGCCCGGACAGCCCGGGGCGGGUGCCCGGAGAGGAGAGGGGGGAGGAGGAGGCAGUGGYGACGGUGGGGGUGCGGGUACGAGAGGCGGGGCCCGAGGUGCCCGGGGCGGCCAAGCAGGGGCAGCUUCCUCUCGCUACAGGGGAGGUGGAGCAGGAGGGCGCUCUCGGGCCAACCCUGGCAGCUGGGAUUACAUGAUGGACCAGAUCAAGAACCGAGGCCUGGAUGUCAAAUCCUUCCUCGAAGGCAAGCUGGUGGUCCUGGCUCUGGCCAUUGGGGUGUCAGAGCAAGAUGACUUUGCCAACAUCCCUGACCUGCAGGAAACGGCGCAGGCAGCCCCACCGGCCAAUCAAGAGCCCCCACCCGAGAAGAGGGGCAACAAGCCAGCUAACAGCCCAAAGGGCCAGCCACCCGAUGCAGAUGGCCACUCCUCUGUAACCGACCUGGCCAACUCUCUUACUGGAGACAUGGUGAUGCUGUCUCCAGGUUCAGAGGAUGAUGACGGCGAAGGGCCCGUCAGUGAGAAGCUGGGCCGGAUCCAGUUCAGCAUAGGCUACAGUUUCCAAAACACGACCCUCACCGUCAAAGUUCUCAGGGGCCAGGACCUCCCGGCCAAAGACUUCUCCGGCACCUCGGACCCUUUUGUGAAAAUCUACCUGCUACCUGACAAGAAGCACAAGCUGGAGACCAAGGUCAAGAGGAAGAACCUUAACCCCCACUGGAACGAAACCUUCCUCUUUGAAGGCUUCCCUUAUGAGAAGGUGAGAGAGCGCACCCUCUACCUCCAGGUGCUGGACUACGAUCGCUUCAGCAGAAACGACCCCAUUGGAGAAGUGUCAAUCCCUCUAAACAAGGUGGAACUGGGCCAGCUGAAGACCUUCUGGAAGGAGCUCAAGCCCUGCAGUGAUGGCAGCGGGAGACGAGGAGACCUGCUGGUGUCUCUCUGCUAUAAUCCCACUGCCAACACCAUCACUGUGAACAUUAUUAAAGCACGUCAUCUUAAAGCCAUGGAUAUCGGGGGCACUUCAGAUCCCUACGUGAAGGUGUGGCUCAUGCACAAGGACAAGCGUGUAGAAAAGAAGAAGACAGUGGUGAUGAAGCGCUGCUUGAAUCCCGUUUUCAACGAGUCCUUCCCCUUCGAUGUCCCCGCACAUGUGCUGAGGGAGACCACCAUCAUCAUCACCGUCAUGGACAAGGACAGGCUCAGCCGCAACGAUGUUAUCGGGAAGAUCUACCUAUCGUGGAAGAGUGGACCGGCGGAAGUAAAACACUGGAAAGACAUGCUCGCUCGGCCGCGCACUAACGUCGCCCAGUGGCACGCUCUCAAGGCCUGAUCGCGCCACCCAGCUUCCUCCAUGGCCACUUCCUGUCUCCUAGCCACACCCCCCUUCUCUCCCCCUCCUCCUGCUCCCGUCCUUAUGCACAAGACUGACUUGCUGCCAGGCUGCGAAACACGGGUACAAUUAGCCAUCUGCUCUCUUAAACCUUUAAACUCUUCUCUCUUUUCUUUCGGAAUUUCUAUUUCCUCCUCCACUUCUGUCUCUACAUUCCUCUCUCCUCUUGUGCUGCCGUGUCUUUGCCAACUGGUCCCCCUGUUUCUGUCUGUCUGUCUCUCUGUCCUGAUGCACUUUUCCUACGGAGGUCUGAUAAUCAGUUUUUUUUUUUGUCGAUCCCUUCGCUCUGAACUUCAAAGCAGAGCCUGACCUAUUAAAGGUGCCAGUCCCAUGGGAUCACAGUGAAUCUUUGGUAUCGAUCUAAUCUAAUUUAAUCCUACUGAAUGAAUUGUGCAUUUUAUUCAUAAUGUACCUUUAUGUACAUACGCAUCUUAAAAUAUUAGGCAYAUAGACUGGCGAAACUUCCCCUAAAUCUGUCUGUCUGUUUUUUCCUACCUCUUUUUUUAUAUAUACACCACUUUGUUCUCAUCAUCUGUCUCAAGUGUAUAAUGCUCUAUCUUCUGCAUCAAGUCCCUCCUUUAUUUUUAUUUAAAAGCGGUUCAAUGUUCAGCUGAAGUUACUGGAAGUGGAUCGGUAAUUGUGUUUGUGAUGAAACAAGCUGAACUCAGGAUGAAGUUGUUCAUAAUGCUGUCGCUUCCCUCCUCUUUUCUCCCCUCCUUCUCUUCUUUCUCUUCUCCUCUUCUGGCACAAUAUUAGUGACUUACUUUGCUCCCCUCCCUCCCCACGACGCCCCUCCUCCGGAGCCUUCCUUGUCGUCUGCGUGCUGUGGGUGCUGUGCUGUAGCUCCAACAAAAAUAGAGAUUUAAAUAUAUAUAUAUAUAUAAAUUACAAUAAAAAAAACAAACAAACAAGCAAAACAAAAAACUAAACAGAACUGAAGUUUCCAAAGCUGGGAAAGUGGGAGCACGAUCUCCUGUUUUUUUUCCCCCAGACAUAGACACCUUGACGCGGAGAGAGAAAACAGAAGUUAUAAACAACAACAAAGAAA